AUGGCGGACGAUAACUCGUGGGUUUUCGAUUCGCUGGUUUGCUUUCUGCACGGCCCUGUCUGGAAUGCUCCACUGCAGACGUUCAUCGAGGAUAAAUCGAUAAUCUUCGAUCCAAACCUGCAGCCGGACGAAAGCAAUCCCGAGUUCCGGAAGGUGCACGAUGAGUACAAGAAUCUGGUCGAUUAUAUGCUCGGUUCGUUCAUGGAGGAGAUGCAGAUAACGCCCGAGCAGUUCGAGUUUGCCUGCCUCGAGGGUCGGCAUGUGGCAAACCUUGGUGCGGGUGGGGCACCGCGCGCUUCGUCCGCAUCCGCCGCCACCUCCGAGGGUGACGACCGCAACACGUUCUCGUUCCAUCAGGGUCUGUUCCAGCAGAUCUGGGCCGCGAACGACAUACGCAUCUUCAUCCGCAUGAUGGUACAGCGGAAUGUGGAACUGCAACUGCAGGCACUCGACCUGAUCGAGCGCCGUUCGCAAAGCUUGUCCAAGUCGACCGAAAGGGACGACGGGAGUCAGGAGGAAGCGGAACGGCAAUCACCGAGAGUGACAUUACCGGAGCAGGCGGAUGAGGCUGGCGGUGAAGCAAGCUCUUCGGAGGGUGAACUGGAGCGCGAUAUUCUAAAGUCGGUCGAGAACGAACUGCGGAAAGAUCCGGAAACGGCAGCGAUGCGCGUCCGGCUUAGUGGAGGUCGUCCCAUUGUGGACGAUCCCCUGGAAGGAGAGUCAGCCGCUGGUGGAAGCGAUAAGUUUCAGCGAUUGAAUCUAUUCUUCGACCAGGAAAAGAUCAACACCGAGGAUAUGAAAGCACGGCAGGAAUACCUUCGGGCACAGCGGGACAAGAUACUGCACCUGAAGAAGAAGGCCCGAGCCCGCCAGCUCAACGAAACGAUUCGCAAAAACGAGCGGCCAACGUCGGCACAGGUGGCCCAGAAGAUUAUGGACGGAGACGGUGAGGUGGUCCCGGUCGAACCACCGGAAGGUUCGUUGCAGCUGCGCAAAAUGCUCGCCCAACGUCUCCGGGAGGAAGUUGCGGUGGAGAAGGAGUGA